GCAAUCCAAACAUAACUGCUCCGAUGAUCAACUCUUUAUUUUUUUCUCAGAAGAGGCAAGAAAGAGCGUGGCACCAUCUAAAUUGUGGGUGGCAUCGCCAUUCCUGGAGGGUGCACCGCUCACAAACCGCGCUGUUCUGGUAGUGAUCAGAACUGUGGCAGGCACAUUCCAGAGUAAUGUGACCUGGAACGCUCUGAUCGGUACAGAAAUCCAUAGUCUGCCCAAGAGCUGCAAAAGAAUGCAACUACAGAAUUAAAAGAGCUAUAAUCAAAGUUUAAUUUUAGAACUUGCUAAAAAUUGUUGAAGAUGGGAGGCGCAGUGAGUGCGGGAGAAGAUAACGAUGAGUUAAUUGAUAACCUAAAAGAAGCACAGUACAUCCGGACAGAGUUGGUGGAGCAAGCAUUCCGUGCCAUUGAUCGAGCACACUACUAUCCUGAGGAGUUUAAGGACAAUGCUUACAAAGACCUGGCUUGGAAACAUGGAAAUAUUCAUAUCUCUGCACCAUGCAUUUACUCUGAGGUGAUGGAAGCUUUGGAUCUAGAGCCAGGACUGUCGUUCUUGAAUCUGGGCAGUGGAACCGGUUAUCUGAGUUCUAUGGUUGGACUCAUCUUGGGUCCUUUUGGUGUUAACCAUGGCGUGGAGCUUCAUUCUGACGUUAUAGAGUAUGCAAAGCAAAAAUUGGACUACUUCAUCAGAACAAGCGACAGCUUUGACAAAUUUGAAUUCUGUGAGCCUUCCUUUGUUACUGGCAAUUGUUUAGAGAUCUCUCCAGAGUCUACUCAGUAUGACCGUGUUUACUGUGGUGCUGGGGUACAAAAAGAACAUGAGGACUACAUGAAGAAUCUGCUGAAAGUUGGGGGAAUUCUUGUCAUGCCACUUGAGGAAAAGCUGACGAAGAUAACACGUAUUGGUCCUGCUGCGUGGGAAACCAAGAAGAUCCUUGCUGUUUCUUUUGCUCCUCUGAUUCAACCCAACCAUGCAGAUUCAGGGAAGUCAAAACUUGUUCAUUUGCCACCAAUGACUGUCCGCAGCCUACAGGAUCUAGCUCGCAUUGCCAUCCGAGGAACUAUUAAAAAGAUAAUACAUCAAGAAACAAUGAGCAAAAAUGGAAAUGGGCUGAAAAACCCUCCAAGGUUCAAACGAAGGCGUGUUCGCCGCCGUCGCAUGGAAACCAUUGUUUUCUUGGAUAAAGAAGUCUUUGCCAGUCGCAUCUCAAAUGCCUCAGAUGAUAACAACAACUGUGAGGAGCUCGAGGAAGAGAGGAGAGAGGAGGAGGAAAAGGGUAUCUCUGAACUGAAACCCGAACCCCCUGUAAACUUUCUGAGAGAGAAGGUCUUGAGUCUGCCUUUGCCUGAUCCCUUGAAAUAUUACCUGCUUUAUUACAGAGAAAAAUAAGUUUCUUGUUCAUAGAAAGCAGAAAGGUAGAUAUGAAAAUAAAAUACUUUGUAGGGCUUGACAAAAAUGUGUACCACUUGCUUGCCUGUUAACAUGACCACACAUGGCAGUAGGCUGGCUGGGGAAUGUGGCUGCUGUAUACUUAAACAUCAUAGCUUUUUUAAGUUUCCUCUCUUUCUUGAGUGUAUGCUAUAGUUUUAUCCUGCAGCAGUGUUUCCUUUUAAAAAGCAAGCCGAUGAAGUGUUCAGUUGCUUAGAGUGAGAAGGAUUUAAUUCCCUGAAAACUAACUGCACAGAGAUGUCUAUUGAAAUCUCUUGGUUCACUUUUACCAAAUUUAAGUUUUUAAAUAUUCUUAGACAGUGCUCUAAAGACUUCAUUGCCCAUGCUCUCCUACUAACUUUGCCACAAACUGAGUAUACAUUUGGUUUCUUUUUUGAAGAACAAUAUUGGUACAGUCUGACCUGGUAAACCGUAUUUCUUCCAGAAAUCUGUGGAAAGCACAAAGAUACAAAAUCAGACUUUGAUAGUUACUUUGGGUUAUCCAGGUUUUGAACACUGAAGCAAAGCACUGGCCACCUUUUAGUUGGUGGGUCAGAGUGUAGCUUUAAACCUUACAUUUUUUUCGAUGUGGGGGAAAAGAAUGUUUGCCAGGGAGUUGGUGCUUCCUUCAUAGAAAACAGCUUCCUUGUAAAAUCCAGCUUGAGGUGAGAUUCCAGCUAUGUAAGGUUUAGAAAGAAGUAAGGAGAGUGAACUUAAUUCGGAGUUGCUAAACUGAUCAGCCGAGUUGCCAAGUGUCCUAGGGUGAUCAGGUUUGUGGCUGUUUUCUCUGGCAUCGUUUACAAUGAAAUUCAGAAAAAAAAAUAGCAAGGAGGAGGAGAAACAUAGCAAGGAGCUGAACAAGGCUGGUUCUGAUAGUGCACUCAGGAGACCUCACAUGAGUUAAUGUGUGACUCCUGUGCGGAACAUAGAGUAAGGCAGGCAGUCUCAGGCAUGGCUAGCUUGGACUGACUGAAGUAGCCAGUGUCCUGGGAAAUGAACCAAACUUUGUUUCUCGGAGGUUGUGCAGAAAGUGGAAACAGGCUAGGAAGCCAAAGUGAGUGAUUAUGCUACUGAUACACAAUGUUUAAGUGCCCCAUGUGGGGUUCUGCUGUAGCAAGGAGACUACAAUGCUGUUUAUGUAUGUCUUGUCCUUGUAGGUUAGGAGGAACUAGAUUUACAACCUUCCUAGUUCACUUCAUUUUUGUUUCUUUAAGUAGCUUGUGUAGAAAGACUUGAUAGCCAGCAAAUUUCAUGGAGUGUAAAUUCUAAUUUUUAUUCUCAAGUCUUCCUGUAAUGAUGGUAGGAGAUUUAUAGUCAUGUGUUGAGGGGAAGAUUGCUUGAUUAAUUUUUCCUAUUUGAAAAAAAAAUCUAUGUACAGUAUUGGGGGCUAGAAGGAAACAAUAGAGGCUGCGUUAAUUCGAAUCCCUCCUAGGUUAACAAAAUAAUAACCCUAUCAGUAGAUAAUCCGGCUAUAUUAGAAUAGUAUUUCCUUAUUAGCUGCAGUUGGUAGGCUUGAUUUUUGAUCUCAUUUUGCAUUGUCUCCUCAACUUGCUAAGAGGAGUGAAUGAAGAUUGUCUUGCCCAAAACAUGUUAACCUGGACUUCAGUACAUAGUACUGAGUCACACAAUUUGCAUUGACUGAGUUGUGUGUUUAAAUCCUGUGCAACACUUUGAAAAUGCAGAAUUUAGCCUACGUGUCCAAGCAAUGCUUUUAUGCUUAUUCGGUCCCUUUUAAGAAGUCUCCAAAUACCCACUCUGUACUUGUGACAACUAACGUGUCUUUUCUAUAGAAAACAAUGUAUGGCUGUCCAAUAAAAUCUCUAUGAACUGCAUUUUUUGUGGCCUCGGAGGAUAGUAUUUUCAAUUCUGUUAAACAUUUGUGUUUCAUGUUUGUCAUAGAUACAUAUGCCUUUCUCUCCAGAGGCAAGACAGAUUUUCACCCUUUGAGCAGCCUUUCGAUUUGGGCUACUAAGUCCCCAUCCAAUUUAUUAAUUGAAGGCAUUUCUACAAAUACUGUGUAGAAGUCUCCUAUUUUUGAAAUGGUCAAUAACAACUGGAAGUGGAUGUUUAUAUGAAUAAUCCAAUGUGUUGCUUCUGUUCCUUUAUCUUUGCAUUUGGCCCUGUUUGAUGUUUUUCCCUAUAACUAUAAAAGAGAUUUUGUCAGAUUUUCACCAGAUUUGCCUUCUUAUAACAUUUGCUAGAUUUUGUAAGGCUCUUUAAAACACAUAGAAACACAUUUUUCCCAUGUAUAAUUGAAUACAGCAAAUAUAUACACAAGCAAUUUGGGUUCUAGGUUGUCAGUGUCCCAUUGUCAAAAAACAUGGUAGAAAAUCUAUAUGUGUACUAUAACUGUGAAAUAGUGUAGUUUAGAGCCUGUAAAUAAAGGGGAAUUGUAAAUAUGAUUUUCCCUGUGCACAAGCAUUUGCACUGUAGUUUAGUACAGUAGAUUUGUGUGUUUAGUAGAUUAACUGUAGCAUACUAUUUUUUGUAUAGUCUAUUACCUGCCUUUCUGAUGACUGAUUAUUUUUGUUUUUCACAUAGUCUGCAUUUUAAAUGUCAUGUGACUUCUUUGUAGAUUUUGAUAGGAUACUAAGUACAUAAGGAAACAAGCGUCAAACUGUUGAAAUCUAAUGUAAGUUGAGAAAUAAGUGUGUAAAGCAAUUUUUUUGUCAUUUCUAAACUCAUGAGGCAUGCAAAAAUGUUAAGCAUUUGAAAAACAAUUUUAUUAAACCGGUGUUUCUAUAUCAAUAAA